AUGCAGAGCGCAUAUGGGCUGAAGCUGGUGAGUUUUAGCGGAACCUCUAUACAUGUGGAACGGACGCUGAAAUGUUUCAGGGAAAUGUCUGGGUACCCGACUUCCGACACUCCGAUCAGGCAGAUCGGCGUCUUGGAGUUCUGCAUUGUCAACGGGCUGGUUGGGUGGGUGUAUAAAGUCAAGGGUGAUGCAGAAUUCUUGGAGUACCAUCCUUCAGGUAUCAAGAUUGACAUCACGGCCCUAGCCUCUAUGACCGAGCAGCAGGCUACAAUUGUGAAAGCCAUUAUUGCAGAGCAAGAACCCCACCUCCUCGAGCACCAAGUCGGCAAGCCACUACAGAGAAUUGCCAGGGCUAGACCGCUGGCGGCCAUUAUGCGCUUUCGGGCUACGAUAAGAGAGUUGAGACCUGAGUGUUCAUAA